AUGGCAGCACAUCUUGAGAAACAGUUUGAACAAUGGCAGAGCUCAUCCGAUGACCCUGAGGAGUAUAUCUGGUUGCAGUCCACCAAGAACACAAUUGAGAUGCUCUACAAGGGAUUCGAACUAAACAUCACAUUCCCCUUUGAUAUCUCUGAUUACAAGGCAUACAGAUUCGUUGCCAAGGACUCUUCCAAUGAGGCUUGGAUCAGAAGAUUGAAUCAGGACAUCCCAUCAAGUAAUCCAUCAUCUUUUGUCGAUCUGUUGGACCUCUCCCACAAGUACUACAAGAGUAGGAAUAGCCUUACUUCAACGACCACAACGACAGCUCAAUCAUCUGCCAAGAGUGAUGUCGAUAUGGAUGAAGACAACACUGAUCCAGAUGAGGAUGUGAUUGAAGACGAUGACUAUGGUUCAGGUGGUGCAUCUGAUGAGGACAACUUUGAUGACGAUGAGGAUGACACUUUUGAGAAUGAUCAUUUCCAAGAGGCAUUACAAACCUUAAAGAUGAAGAAGAUAUGGGCCAAAAAGGAGCAAGAGAUACGUGCACAGCUUGGUGACAAGAAGAAGAAGGAUCCAAAGGUCAAGACUAUAUUCAGCUCAGAUGCUGCCUUUGGUGUAUUGACCAAUGACCUAUUCAACAUUAUGCAGAAUGUUCAUAGUCUCGGAUUCUCUGCACAACCAAUCGAUGACAAUAUCUACUUUUGGAGUGUGAAGAUGUUUGGAUUCAAUCCAGAGUCAAAGAUAUACCAACAAUUGCAACUACUCAAGAAGGAGUAUGAAUAUGACUACGUGGAGAUUCAAGUUCUGUUCACAGAGGAUCUCUACCCUUUCUAUCCUCCAACACUCAAGAUCAUCAGACCAAGGCUACAGGGUUUCUUGAUUGGAAAGAUAUCACACUUGGAGAUAUUGACCUUGGAGAAUUGGAACCCAAUUUGUGAUAUGCGCUUCGUGUUGAACCAUCUCCGAGAGGUUCUUGAAAAGUUUGGACAACUGGACGUUAACAAUCCCCUCAACUCACUACAAAGCUCAGGUUCAUACUCAUCUAUUGAGCACUUCCUAUUGAGGCUUGAAAUCCUGAGCAAUAUCCCACCUCGUGCUAAUCAAAAGUAUGGUUUGGCAUCUAGCAUUGUCAAACCAGUACCAGUGGUGAUCACCAAGACAAAGGCCAAUACAACGGACAAGGCCUUCUGGGCAAAGGGCACCGGAUAUGGAUCGUCAUCUAGAGGCGGUCAGAAUGGUUGGAAUAUCGAUGCGUACGUCGCAGCGCAGAAGGAACGUGAUCAAGAGACGAUCUCAUUGAUCAAUGCCAUCGAGAAGGAGAUUCACUCCAAACUGCCUCCAUUUGACGUCAUGGAGGAGUCAUGUUUGUUGCCAUUCUUUGAGAGCUACUGCAGAGACAUUGUACCACUAGAUAUCGAGAGACACCAAGACCUGUUCCUGUCCAUCUUCACACUGAUCAAUACCAUCUCCAACCACGAGCAGUUCAUACCACUCUUCACCCAGUUGUCCUUCCAGUCCACUUCUCUUGGAGAGCUACUGAGGACUGCUGCACAACAAGUAGAGAUUGUCUUUAAACAUCUCGACCAGGCACAACAAAAGGCAUUGGCAGCACAGAGUUUGAUUAUCGAUGUAAAUAAGAAUGUACAAAGCAAACUCAAGUCAAUGAUGGACGAGUUGAAGAAGCUAGAGGUCAACAGAGGAAUACCACAGGAACCACUGGACGCAUCCGUGGAGGCCAAGUACGUCAAGAUGCUCAAGCCCAUUCUCUUUGAUGCUGCCAGCUUUGUCACGUCAAAGACAGCCAGCUCUUCAUCACAGCAAAGAAUCCUACGUAUUGCCCAGGAGCAAGGAGGUCUUUGCUCAUCACUGCCAAUCACAUUUGACUCAACGGUGUUUGUUCGCUUUGACGAGAAGAACAUUGACACAAUGCAGGCACUAAUCACUGGCCCCGCCGACACUCCAUACAGUGCUGGUUGCUUCCUCUUCCAAAUCACAUUCCCACCCAACUAUCCUCAAUCCCCACCCAGUGUCACAUUGACCACCACUGGUGAGGGCACGGUCAGAUUCAAUCCGAACCUCUACAACAAUGGAAAGGUGUGUCUCUCACUGCUUGGCACGUGGUCCGGUGGUGCUGGUGAGACGUGGAAUGCCAACACAUCGACACUGCUCCAGGUUUUAGUUUCGAUCCAAUCACUGAUCCUCGUGCCCGAACCAUUCUUUAAUGAGCCUGGCUACGAGUCACAGAUUGGCUCGCCACAAGGAAAGCAAUCGUCACUCAACUACAACCAGAACAUUCGUAUUGCCACGAUUGAGUGGGCAAUGACAGACAUGAUGAAGAAGGCACCAGCACACUGGAAAGACAUUGUUCGCGCACACUUUUGGUUCCAGAGACAAAAGAUCAAGGUUCAGUGUGAGAAGUGGUUGGAGGAGUGCAAGUCCAACAAUGAUGCCUACUUCAAGUUGGCCAAGGUCGUCAACAGUCUCAAUGCAGAAUUGCAAACACUAAAGGAGCCAACUUUAUAG